CUCCAUUGUACUUUCAUGCUCGAGCAUUCUCGACCACACUUUGCUCAGUCCCUCGCUUCACCCUCGUACCCUCGCAUCUACAUCCCUCACCGCACCAGACUUCCCUCUCAUACAGUCAACAUGUCGACGAAGAAGUUCAAGCUCCUCUGCCUCGAGAACCCCCUCCUCGACAUCCAAGGGAAAGGGGACGAGUCUAUGCUCCAACAAUAUGGCCUCAAGCUCGACGACACCCUCCUCGCCGAACCUCACCAAAUGGACCUGUACGACGACCUGAUCAAGAACCACGACGCAAAGCUCAUCCCCGGCGGCGCCGCUCAGAACACGGCCCGCGGCGCUCAAUACAUGCUCCCGCCUGACAGUGUAUGGUACAUAGGCUGUGUUGGCGACGACGAGUACGCCAAAAUCCUCAGAGAGAAAUGUGCUGAGCAGGGUCUCCACGUCGAAUACAUGAUCGACCCCUCCACUCCCACCGGAAAAUGCGGCGUUGUUAUCACAGGUCACCACCGCACAAUGUGCACACACCUUGCCGCGGCCAACAACUACAAGAUCUCGCACCUGCAACAACCCCAAAUCUGGUCCAUGGUCGAAUCCACUGACAUCUUCUACGUCGGCGGCUACCAUCUGACCGUCUGCCCACCCGCGGCCAUGGCCGUGGCCAAACACGCCGCCGAAACGAACAAGAUCUUCAUGCUGAGCCUGUCCGCGGGUUUUAUCCCGCAAUUCUUCAAGGAACCUCUUGCCGAGAUCCUACCAUACUGCGACUUCGUCUUCGGCAACGAGAACGAGGCCAAAACCUGGGCCGAGUCUCAAGGCAAGAGCGGCAUUUCGAUGCAAGAGUGCGCGAAACUCAUGGCCCAACAGCCCAAGGUGAACACCAAACGCCCACGUGUUGUCAUCGUUACCCAGGGUACGGAUCCAACCAUCGUGGCAGUCAAGGAUCAAAGUAAAGACGAGGUCGAUGUCAAGGAGUACUCUGUCCCCGUGAUCGACGAGAAGUUGAUCAACGACACGAACGGUGCCGGUGAUGCUUUUGCUGGUGGCUUCUGUGCUGGUGUCGUCGAGGGUGAUUCACUGGAGAUGUGUAUCAAGAAGGGACAGUGGUUGGCGCGACUGGGUUUGCAGGAACUGGGUCCUUCAUACCCGUUCCCCAAGCAGACGUUCCAGGCGUGAUGACAGUGCAGUUGCGUGGUGAUAGCAAUCCAGCAUCUACACUGACUUGUAACACUAUAGCGUUGACGAUACGGUCUAUUUCAACAAGACCAAGUAUCUUGGGCAUGAUACCACGUCCUCCACGACAUCAUGAUGAAAAAAAGUAAUGCCGCCUAGAUCAGGAACAGAUUUAGACUCCAGGCUUCCUGAACGAGUACAUCGCAGCUAGACAGAAAAGAAUCGGAAGUGAAGGGACUUCCGAACCUGGUCAUAUGAUCGUCGUCGAUUUUUUCAAGAAUCGCGUGGCCAUAUGCAUCGGACUACUCUGUUGCACAAUGUUUUUGCCCGCCGUCGGGUAUCAAGUCAACCUGCGUGACCACUCGUAGGACUCUCGGCUGCUUCUUGGUCGCGCCUCUCCAAUAGCUCCAAACGGGGCUGGCUCCGGAGAUCGUGUCGGUAUGACUGUUCCCCAGACCUGACCUGAAUCCUGCCAGGGUGACAGUGGGGAUUGUGAUUGAUCUUUAUGGCGAAUCCAAGACGUCAAAUUAGUCGGUGUAUCGUAGUGGUUUGACAUAGUAGGCUGAAAGGAUUCGAGUGGUGAUGAGCGCAGCUGUAUUUGCUGCUGCAUGUGCGUUAUCUGAGCAUUGAAUUGUGCAGCACUGUUGACAUGAG